CCUUCCUCCCCCUCCCCCCCGCUCUCUAACGUCCUCUUGGGGUGUUAACUCUCUCCUAAAAUAUUCACCCGUCACAAUCCUUUGCAGUCGUCAUUCGAAUCUAACGGAACCAGUGAGAAGUCGAGUUCCUUUUGGAAGUGAGCAAACAGCUCGGUUAUCCAGUUGUCUCCCAUUCGGUAACGAUCGAGAGCGGACUCUGGGCUGUCGACGCCAUGUUUGCUAGGAAAUUACAGCUUCCUUUGCUAAACGUUACCGAUGCCGACACUCUCGUUUUCAUCUCGCCCAACACAUCACCCAACCCCCCUCAUCGGGUUUCUUCAAAAGCCCUCCUUGCGAGUGGAUCAGCGGUUUUCAGGGAAUUGCUUGGGCCUACAUCUCAGCAUAGGGCUUUGAGGAAGAGGAGACUGGUCAACGUCCUUCCACAGGGGAUCAAAUACGUUAUCGAUCUGAGCCCUCCGGAGGAGGGACCCGAAGCCUUGGAUGCUGUUCUAAAGCUCUACUGUCCAAAGGUAGUUCUUGAAUGGCAGAGCGGGGUUCCCAACGGAGCAUACCUCGAGGAUGAUGACCACCAAUAUCAGAGAGAACUGUGGCAGGUCAACUCGGAAAGGCGUAUCGCAGACUUGCAUAAACACGGUACGUGGGAAACUACUGAGGAGAAUUGCGAUUCCAUCUCAGAUGUUGACCUCUCCGAGGUUAAAGUGACACGGCGAGGAUCUGGUACUGGAGAUGCUGGAGUAGAGCUGAUGAAGGGUGAAUGGAUUGAGCCAACUCCGCCGGCAGCCCAUUCCACAAGACGCCACAGUGCAGCCAUUGAGAGGAUACUCCAUAUUAUUCAUGGGUUGGAUCCACAACUGUGUACCACUCCCAUGUGGUAUACCGUAUGUAAGGUGGCAGUCCUGCUCAAUUGCGAAUCGGCCGUUGUUGAUCACGCCACGAGUUGGUUAUACGCCGACGGGAAAUUCAUAGGAAAAUAUCCAGAGAUCGUGAUGGAAAUAGCUAAUGACCUUAAAAGUAAGGUCUUGUUCAAGGACGCAUUUGCGCUUCUCGUUGGGAAAAUGCUCCGUGCCAAUGAAUCGGAUUCUGAACAGGAUGCCCGUUGCUUCGACAGAAUUCCAGAAGCGGCUCUACCUUGGAAACGCAAUAUUAUGCAUGCUUGUUGGUCUUUGAAGGCGCGUGUUAAAAAAGCCCAUGACCAUCUCAUGUCUGUCCGUGAGUGGCUCUACAAUCCUAUUUGGAUAUCCGAAUAUGAAAAACUGGCUAGAGUUCUCUCUAUCCCAAAUCUGGACCACGAAGUUUACGAGGCCAGCAUCGCGCUACGUGAUGCAAUUACGGAUGCAGUAUUUGACAGACUGGCGCCUGUCCUCAGAAGUCCAUACCUAUCCGGAGGCCGUCUGCGCUACGACUCGCUCUUAUUCACCAGGCCAUUUUGGCAGGAGUUGGGGGGUCUAUCCGCUGACUGUUUCUGGGAAAUGUUCGAUGAGAACGUCUAUAAUGCCCAAAAUCUUUGGCAGGAAUGUGUUCGAAGAUACAACGUGAGGAGGAUAAAAGGAAAACAUCCACACCCUAAACGAGCCCAACCUCCCAAAAGAAUCUCCGACUUGUCGACGGCACGAGGGGUGAUCGGCCGUGGUGAAACGCCUGGGGAUGAACUAUCUCGCACCGGGGACUCUUUCCCUGUCCUACCGCCGAGGAGGGUAGCUAGUGGUGACGAAAGACGCCCAGAUCGACCCGACUCUCAAACACUGCCCGACGAUUUCAAUGCCCUUGAUUUCCAACAAGACGAGGACAUACACCCUCCCGGUUACGAGCCAAGUAGCGAGCCCCCACCGAGCUAUACACACAUUGAUGAGGUUAGUGAAGAUCUUGUGGCGAAGAGCACCCCACGGGGAAUCAGGAUCGAAAUUGCGAAUCCCAUCAAGCGGAAGUCUAUGUCUGGAUCUCCAUGGGAUGGUGAAGUGGUAGAAGGGGUUGCUUCAAGGGAGGAAAUUAACUCUGUUACUCCACGAAUUGGCAAUAGCAGUAAGCGCAGGUGUUCUCUGGAGAAAUCUGGGGAUGAAAAGGCAUCAACGUGCUCAGUAUCUACUGUUGCUGGAAAUGAAGAUUAUGGCGAGCCGGAAGUUUUCCAUAUAUCGGGUGUCCAUGAAGCAAUCGACGGUCAGAUGGCGCCAUUGAAUUAUGAUAGAAAAGGGAAAGGAAAGGCGGUUGACUUUGAGCAUGUUCAAGAGCCACCCGUAGCAGAGGAGCCCCAAAGUUCUAGUCUUCAGGUUCAUCCCAACUCUACAGGGUCUGUAGCGGAGGGUGACUUGCCUAUAUGGUUAGGUGCUUGGGCGAAGGAGGCUGAGGGUUCACAUGAUCCGCUACUAGGUCCUUUGCUGGAUGAACGUGAACUAUUCCAAGACUUAUUCAAAUACAACGGGGGUGGCAAUCCGGAAUCAAGCAGUGCGGCAGGCGUUGGAGUUCAUGCUACUCUAGAUUAUACCUUAUACGACUGCACCACAGCACAGAAUCCAAAUCGCACCCAAGAUUACGACCGGGAUUACAAUCCGUUCACUGAUCUCGAUCUGAAAAGGUAUGCAGGAAACUGGGGAUCUGGGCAAAAUAUGGACCAGGAAUCGCCACCGCGGGACCCGCCCGAAAUUUCUAGCUCUCAACACAUCGCCCUCGACAUAAUAUGGAAACAGUCUCUGAGUUACGUGCAUUUCAUCAGCUCACCGUUCACGGAGAUACCCACCAUGUACGACCCGACCAGCUGGCCUGACGACAACUUCCUACUCUGUCUCUCCGAUGCAGAAUGGAAAUUUUUGCCAUUGUGGACGGACGGCUUGGACGAUGGCACCGGCGGAGUUUUUGGCGACCCGCAGCCCCAACCAGUCCCUCAGUCCCCGCCGGAAGAGUGCGGCGAAGGAACAGAAGUUGAGAGUCUUGCGGAUAGCAAUUAUUCAGAUUGUCUGCUGGACAUGGUGAGCUUGGCUAGUUUUGAGGCAAGGGUGUUUUCGGAGGAUGAGGGUGAGGAUAUGGAUAGUGCCAGGUCUAUCAGUACAGUGGAGGACGAGGAUGAGGAUGAGGAGUGGGAUGGAGACUCGGACGAUACGGAAGAGCUUGGAUGGGAAGAGUGUUUUUGACGGCUUUUCGUAGCAGUGAAAGGGUUUUAAGCUGUGAUAUGGUACGGUGAUCGUGGCGGCUGAGACAAAUUGUGGAGAGUUUGUCGGUUUUUGUGAGGGAUACCUUUCAUCUUGUUUUUCUGCCUGAAUUAUGGUACUACUAAAAUAUGCCCCCUUUUCCAUUCCUACUCUCUUCUCCUUUCCCCCGACUGGGCCUUUUUACCCCAUUUCCUUGGUCGGUUCACUCAUUUAUUCACUCCUUCAUAUGUCGAAUGAUUUUUACUUCUUUUCAUCUUCCUUAUUUGUGGUUACUAGCGCGCGACUGUGGUGGGCAAUGCGUCGGGUCCGGAGAGAAAUCUACCUUGGAAGAUUUGACGAUAUGAUACAUUGAUUUCGGGAA